AUGAUGGCACUUCCAAGCACGGCAGAAGUAGUCGUCGUCGGUGCGGGUCCCGCUGGUCUGGCAGCAGCUUGCACCCUUCUCGCCAACGGCAUUGACGUGGUAGUCAUCGACGCGGCCCCGGAACCAUCAACUUCCUCUCGAGCCGUGGUAAUCCAUUCUCGAACGCUGGAAGUAAUGGAUGACCUUGGUAUCUCGGAGGCUGUGCUCUCGGAAGGAAUGAUCAUGGAGGAAGGACUCGUCCGCAGCGGGACGAGCGUGCUGGGCAGGAUAGUGUUCAAGGCGCUUAGAACGAAGUACCCCAUGGCUGUGACACUCGCUCAGGCAGACACGGAACGUAUCCUGAAGAACAGACUUGAAGCACUUGGCGGCAGAAUUCAUCGAGGAGUGUCUGCCACCAGGGUGUCGGAAACCGCCAAUGGAGUGCAGGUCGAUGUCAACGUCUCCAACGAAAAAUCAACCUCAAUCCUAGCACAAUACGCCAUAGCAGCCGACGGCCGCCGCAGCUCCACCCGAGAACAGCUCGGCAUUAAAACCGAAGGCGGCGACAACAGCCAGAGCUUCAUCCUAGCUGACGUUAAGCUCGUCUCGACCGGCUCUCUGCAGCCGGACUGCUUCCAAGAGUUUCUGUCGCCGGAGGGACUGUUGUUGUAUCUGCCUCUGCCGCGGGGAAUCUGGCGAGUCGUGACUACGGCUGAUACACCACGUGCGGAUCUGGACGCUGCGCUGUUCCAGAGAAUGACGGACGAACGGGCGGGUCCAGGCAUCAAAAUCGGCGAUGUGCUUUGGAUGAGUCGGUUCAAGGUCUCCCACGGCCUGGCGGAACACUACAGGAAGGGAAAAGUAUUUCUCGCAGGCGAUACUGCACACUGGCAUCCGCCGACGGGCGGACAGGUGAUUCAGAGCAACCCUUGUCUCCGAGAAGCCACUCUCCUGACUUUUUUCCAGGGCAUGAACAUCUCCAUCCAAGACGGCUGCCGCCUCGCCAAUAUUCUCACCGACGCCUUGCGCUAUGACGAGACAUCCGCAGCAGACCUUGACCGCUAUGAAAACGAACGACGGCCCAUCGCAGCAGGCGUGGUGUCGCUGACCAACCGCCUCACCGUGCUCAACACGCUCACGAAUCCCGCCCUAUGUGCGUUACGCAAUUGGGUGCUCUGGACUCUUUUGAAAGUGCUGUGGAUCAAUUACGGACUCGCAUGGUCGAUGGCGGGUCUGGGACAUCGGUGA